CGAAUAACCCCCAAACAACACCGUAUUUUAACACCGAAGACCGCUAUUCUCAUCGAUUUCUUUGAUUUAAUUUGCCCUAAUUUCAUCCACAACGUACCAUUUCAUUCGUAAAUUUGAAGGUAGAAAUGUCAAGAAUAUGGUCGAGGUUAUCAGCAAUGUUGAGAAAUCGAACAUUCAUGGGAGCCGACAAAGCAGGAAAUCAAUACUAUGUUCGUACUGAACAGAUCGACGGUAUCAUGAAGGAGAAGCGGUGGGUAGAAUUCAAAGGGGAAGUUGAUUCGACCUCCAUUCCAGUCGAAUGGAUAUGUUGGCUGAAUGGGCAGCGCAAGGUGGCUCCAACACCAGAGGAGAUGGCUAUACUGGAGGCAAGGCGUCAGCGUGUUAAAGAAAACGUUGCCCUUCUCAAGAAGGAAGAGGAAGAAAAGAAAGCGAGGGAAGGCAGUGGUCGUAAAAUAACAAGCAUGGGUAAAGGCGAUGGCCCGGACCUAAAAAGUUUCAUUCAGCAACUCCCCGUUGCCUCAGAAGUUGAUAAAUCUGGGGAAGCAUCUGAAGCGACAAGUAGCAAGCGUACCAAGACACAAGAGGAGAAAGAGGUCCAAGAUCAAGCAAAACAAGAACCAGAGUCAGCAGAGCCAACAGGAUCGGGUGCCUCAUUUAGACCAGGAACAUGGCAACCGCCUACAUGAUUAUUUUCCCAUGUUUCAGAGUUCUCCGGUUCUUGUGAUUGAUCAAUCAGUGAUAAUUAGCAGAGGGGCCGAGACUGGCUCGUGGUUAUGUGUUUGUAAACUCAAGAAUUUAUAAAUCUCGACUUGCACUUAUUCUUGCAAGCAAUGGGUUUGGCUGUGGCCAAAGACUGAAGUUUUAACUGUUAAACACACACACACACAUGUUUGUUAUAUUGUUGAUCGCUUGACAAAUAUAUAAUCUUUUUCAUCUUC